CGUUGUGCGCCAGUUCGUAAGGCCAACGCUUUGGUAGGAAUCGGUCAAAAAUGGAAAAUAUCGCUCAAACUCAGUUUGAAAAUGUGUCUUUCAACGUUCCGGAGGUGCUAUCGCUCAUCCGCAAGCACCAGGAAGAAGUGCGAGAUGUGGUGACCGCAAACUAUGUGGACUUUGUGGCAAACAACGCCACUAACAGUACACUUAUAGACAGUGGCAAAGAGCUGGAGACGCAAAUAAAGGAGCUCGUCGCCGCCACGAGUCAGCUAACGGUGGACAAAUCUAGCGGAGCCUGGAACGACCUACGCCACUACCAGCGCGACCUCGAAGAAGGUGUACGGGGGUAUAAAAUCGCCAGGAAGCUGCUAUCGAUCCACGACCUGUUCGAAAGCAUCAACCUGAAAAGCAAUGGGUACGAGAAAAAGGCGCACAUACUGGGCAAGAUCAAAGUGCUGCUGGACGAAGUGGAAGAUCCAGUCCUGCCGGAGCUGCACUGCUUCCAGAGUAUGAUCCUACGCUACGAAACGGAAUACGAGACACUUACCAACGAUCUCAAUGUGGAGUUCACCAACUUGGUAGUGCUGCAGCAGCGAUCAUUCCAAAACACCAAAUCGAUCACGAUAAGGAUCCGGAAGGACGAAGACAAACUGUACCAGGUGGUAGCUACGCUGAUGAAAACGCAACAUGACUUCGAGUCGGUAUCUCAGUUUCUGCUCGAAAAUGUCUUUGCUCCCGUGAUCGUAAAACCGGUCGCACUGAUUUGCGACGAGCAAUCCGAUGAGCAUAACGUGCUGAUCCAGCUGUCCUACCAACAAUCCGUCACCGAAGAGCUACGCCCCGGGUACAAGACCGUACUAUCGAACAUAAUGCAAAUUUUUUACAACCUCAGCAACAUGAACAUUGUCGUGUCGGACGAAGAGUGUCUGUUCAAGGUGAUUGCUAAGCAGAUGAAGAAAGACCUGUGCGAGAUGCUUAUCGAGCGUUGCCUGGAGCGUGACAUUCCCGACACAAUCGAGGGCAUGAAGGAAUCCACGAUGGUGAAGGACGUGUGCGAGUUCAACACAUUUCUGCUAACCACAAAGUUUGCUGACGACCGAAACGAUCAGCUGUUGGAGGUGUACGCCAACUCAAUCGAAACGAUCCAUCAGAAGAAACUUUGCGACAAUGUGCUCGAAUCUGCACUGGACAUAAUGAAACGCGAAAGUCACGAGAUGGUGCUGAUCGAGGAACACGAGUACCAGUUCGGCACUUCCACCAUGCGCUUCUCGAGCUGCAUGGUAACGCGCACGGUGGUGGAGCUAAAGAAGUUCCUCGACAAGGUACUAACCGAAGCAGACGCACACGGGAAAUCAGCCGAACGGUUCGUCAAAACGAUCGCAACGAUCCUAGAGCGGUACACUGUCGACGUUCCGAUGUCUAACGAGAAGCUGCUCUUCAAAAUACCGCAACAGUCGGCCCUGUUCCGGAACGAUUGCAUGUACCUGAACUACUGGCUGCAGAAAAAUGACAAUAAGCUAAAGGACCACUGUUUGUUCACGAACAUAGCCGACGCACUGAAGGCGUGCGGUGAGGAUAUUUUCCAGCACCAACUCAACAACCAACGGACGCAAACAAUGCAAGCAUUGAACGGAUUUAAACUUUCAAUCAAUUUAGUCGAACUGGGAACCGAGCAGCAACGUGCCAUCCGGCAGUGCAUCCGGCAGUUCGAGUUGCUGAAGAACGUCUGGCAAACCGUUCUGCCCGACCCGGUCUACAAGCAAAGCUUGGCGGGGCUGAUAGAUUUGUUUGUUCGCGAAAUCAUUAAAAGAAUACAGAGCCUCGAAGACAUUACCACGGCUAUUGGCAACGGGUUGGCGUUGCUUAUUGACACCAUGAAGGAAACACUGCCAAAUCUGUUCAAGGAUCCCAACGAUGUACACCAGCAUGUUAAACAGUGGACGAAACUACUGCAACUGCAGCAGAUAUUGAAUGGUUCUCUGGUGGAAAUUACUGAACUCUGGGCCGAAGGCAAGGGUCCACUAACGAUGUGCUUUAGCACCGAGGAAGUUAAGCAUCUUAUUCGUGCCUUAUUCCAGAACACCAAACAACGCCAAGCUUGCAUAGCUUCUAUUGUGUAAAAUCGCGUUGAAAGUAUGUCUACUUCUACUGUGGCCGCUUCGUGUCAUUGCGACAAAUAAAUAAGUUCAGGGUUUUAGAUGUAUGUAAAA